AAUAUUUACAAACUUUGGAAGUGAUAACGAAUUUCGGCUGUGUCCAUUAGAAUUCUAGCUUUAUAAUUUUCUAAAUUAGUGUUUAAAUCGCUUAAGUUAACUAUUGGCAAUGAGUGAUAGCGAAAGCGAUUCGCAAGAGUCUAGCAGCUCAACAGGUAGUCCGACGGAGUUCGAUCUCGCCAGCACGGGUUUCAAACCACUGCGGGUGCUUUACUCUCGCAAAGCGCAAGUUCCAGUUCCAGCUGCUACCCUACUGGAUAAUGUAUCUCAGUUCGAGUCCAAGUUUAAGCUAUUGGGUGGAUACGAUCAAGCUUAUUCACUGGAAAGGGUUAGCGAGGCACAAGCGGCAUCUUCGUCGAAAAAGCUUGCAGUGCCACAGGGACAAGUUCCGGUACGACGUUUUCAACCCCAUCAAGGGCUAGUUGAAGUAUCAAGACCAGCACGCUUACGGCGAAGCAUUUUCACCAAAUUGGAUCUUUUCGAAGGGCCAAUGGAGUGUCUUCGCGGCUGGAUGGAGAAACGAGUGAGGGUUAAAGUUUACACCAGAAAGCAGAAAGGUGUCCGCGGGUACGUCACAGGAUUCGUGGAGAUUUUUGACAAACAGUGGAACAUGGCUCUGACGGAUGUGUUCGAAUCCUGGAAGCGGAGAAAGUAUCGCUAUUCGCAAAACAAAGUUUGCGCCCUUGGCGAGCCAACGGAUUGCAGUGAGCAGCUGCGGAAAAUGGGAAUCCGGGUGCCGGAUGUUAGUGUUAAAGCGAUCGAUAGAAAGUACGUGCAGUGUACCCGCAGGGUACCCCAGAUUAUGAUCCGCGGCGAGCAGGUCGUGCUGGUGACACCAGAUCCUAGUGAAGAGGCCAAGCAGGUUGAUCCGGGUAGCUAGUUAUCAAACAAAUUAUUGUUAUGUUGAGACAGUUCAAUUUAUUAAAUAAAAUGAAGUAUAUAAUGGAAACAUUCCGUGAAGAAA